CAAGAGGGCGGACUUGAAAAAAAAGCCACGUCCCUUUCCCCACAAAAAUCUUUGAUUUCCACGACGAAUUUCCCGUUUUCUCAAUGGCCAUAUUCUAAUUCUUCUUCCAACUUUCCCAUUAAUCAAUUCCCAAUCUGACCCACCAUCGGAAAGGCUUCCUUCCCCAAUCCGUUUCCCCGGAAAACCCGUUACUGUUCACUUCAUCUACUCUUCUUCUUCUUCUUCUUCUUGUUCAUUCCCUUGUUUUCCCGCUUCACCUCUUCUUUCUCUGCUUCCAGCUGAAUCCAGUUGGAAGAAAAUGUCCUUCUUCGUUGGCUUAGUCGUCGGGAUAGUCGUGGGCUUUGCUCUGAUCGUCGUAUUCGUCCGCUCCGAGAAUGCGCGAUCCAAGCUUCGUACUGACCUGGCGGCGACGGUGGCGGCUUUUGCGAGAAUGACGGUUGAGGAUUCUAGACAGCUGUUGGGUCCCGAGUAUUACCCUUCUUGGGUCGUCUUCUCUCAGCGCCAGAAGUUGAAUUGGCUUAAUUCUCAUCUGACGAAGAUCUGGCCUUAUGUUAACGAGGCUUCUGAACUUAUAAAGAGCUCAGUUGAGCCGACUCUUGAGCAAUACAGACCCAUAAUUCUUUCAUCUCUCAAGUUCUCCAAGUUCACUCUUGGUACAGUUGCCCCUCAGUUCACAGGAGUAUCCAUUUUGGAAUCUGAUAGCAGUGGUGUUACUAUGGAGUUGGAAAUGAACUGGGAUGGAAAUCCAAACAUAGUACUUGAUGUGAAGACCAGGCUUGGUGUUUCAUUGCCUGUUCAGGUCAAAGAUAUUGGAUUUACUGGGGUUUUCACGUUAAUCUUCAAACCGCUAGUUGAAGAGCUUCCUUGCUUUGGAGCUGUUUGUUAUUCAGUAUUGGUUGUGCAGAAAAAGUUUGACUUUAAGCUUAAAGUAAUUGGAGGUGACAUAACAUCUAUUCCUGGACUCUCUGGUGCUUUGGAGGAUACUAUACACAAUGCUAUUGAAGACUCUAUUACUUGGCCGGUCCGAAAAAUUGUCCCUAUUUUGCCUGGGGAUUACAGUGACUUGGAGUUGAAGCCAUCUGGUACACUAGAAGUGAAACUUGUGCAGGCUAAGGACUUGACAAACAAAGACUUCAUAGGGAAAUCAGAUCCCUAUGCUGAGCUGUACAUAAGGCCGCUACGUGAACGAACAAAAACCAGUAAAAUCAUCAGCAAUGAUCUGAAUCCAAUCUGGAAUGAGCACUAUGAAUUUGUUGUUGAGGAUGCAUCCACUCAACACUUGUAUGUUAAGAUUUUUGAUGAUGAGGGGCUUCAAGCUUCUGAGCUACUUGGAUGUGCUCAAGUUCAAUUAAGCGAGCUGAACCUGGUAAAGUGAAGGAUGUGUGGUUGAAGCUGGUCAAAGAUUUGGAGGUUCAAAGAGACAACAAAUACCGAGGGGAGGUCCACUUGGAGCUGCUCUACUGCCCGUAUGGUAUGGAGAACAGCUUCACCAACCCCUUUGCCAAGAAAGUCGAAAUGACAACCUUAGAAAGGGUGCUUAAAAGUUCAGGAAAUGGAAUAGCAGAUGCUGCUCUAACUGAAAGGGAAGUCUCACAGAAGAAAAGGGAGGUGAUUGUUAGAGGAGUUCUUUCUGUAACCGUGAUUUCUGCUGAAGACUUGCCUGUUGUUGAUCUCAUGGGCAAGGCUGAUCCUUUUGUUGUCCUUACCAUGAAAAAGUCGGAUACUAAAAACAAAACCAGGGUCGUGAAUGAGAACUUGAACCCUGAGUGGAACCAAACAUUUGACUUUGUUGUGGAGGAUGCACUGCAUGAUAUGCUCAUUGCUGAAGUUUAUGAUCACGACACGUUUCGCAAGGAGUAUAUUGGGAGAUGCAUCUUGACGUUGACCAGGGUCAUAUUGGAAGGAGAAUACAGAGAAUGCUUCACGCUGGAUGGUGCUAAAUCCGGAAGGCUGAAUUUGAGCCUCAAGUGGGUUCCACAACCAAUCUACCGCGAUUCCCAGUGGUAGGAGGCGCCACAAGCCAUAGUUUCGGUAUUCAGAAAUUCCCAUUCUUCGAUCAUGGAGCUCAGUGAAUCUCAUUGCUUGGAAACAAGCUGUACAUAAGAAUUCUUUUUGUGGAUUACUCAGAAGAUUUUUGUUUCGGUGGAUGGAUAAUGAGAGCUUUUGUGAGAAUGAGAUGGUAGGAAGCAGAGCUUUUUUGACAUGUUGUAAUCCACGUAUGCUUUAUAGGGUUUCAAUAAUAUCAACAAUUCCAAUCAGGUCCUUUGAAUUCUCAUUAUAUUGCUUGAAGAUUAGCAAAUACAGAAACAAUGUCAGAAUCUAAUAGUAAAGACUAAAGAUUCAACGAUGGAAACAACAGCAUCCCUGUUACAAAUAUGACGUAGACAAGGAAUGCAUAUGGCAUUUGCAUUAUACAUUGAAGGAACUGCCAUAAUCUUCAGCAAUCGGCUGCUGAUUUGGUGUGAGCUUAUCACUCUGAAUCAAGCAAGAACUUAUCAGUAAUCGGCUGGAUG